GAAUGAGAAUGCUCCCGGGAAUAAUUUAAUGACAUCUCCUAAAAUCCAAAAGGAGCUAACUAAUGCUUGUUCUGUGGAAGUUACCAAAGUUAUUCUUGAAGACUUAGGGGAUAAAGUUUUUACUCUUAUGGUUGAUGAAUCUAGAGACGUCUCAAUCAAGGAGCAAAUGGGAGUUGUUGUGAGAUAUGUGAACAAAUUUGGACAUGUCAUUGAACGUUUUCUUGCUAUGGUGCAUGUCAAUGACACUUCGGCUCUUUCUUUAAAGAACUAUAUUCAUCAAUUGUUUGCAAAACAUAAAUUUUCAAUAUUAAGAUUAAGAGGUCAAGGAUACGAUGGAGCUUCUAAUAUGCGCGGUGAGUAUAAUGGAUUGAACGCUCUCAUCUUGAAAGAAAAUUCAGCCGCAAGUACAAUGAAGGCCGGGUUACAAGAAUUUCGAGAUAAUGGAUGGGAUAUUUUCUUCAAGGAAGUGAAUCUUUUUUUUGAUCCACUUUCGUGGGGGAAUAUUUUGUGAGGUUCUUGAUAAGAUGAUUUCAGAGAUGAACAAUCGUUUUCCUGAAGCAAGUACGGAGUUGUUGAGUUGUAUUGCAUGUCUUGAUCCAAGAAACUCUUGUUGUCAUUUUGACAUUGACAAAUUACUCCGCAUGGCUGAACUUUAUCCAGAGGACUUUUCAUGUACCGAUCGUGUUUUACUCAAGCAACAACUUCAGACUUAUAUUCAUACCGUCCGGGACCAUGAUCAGUUUUCUACGGUUGAUUAUUUAGGAUGUCUUGCCAAGCAAAUGGUUCAAACUGGAAUGAACAAGGUUUUUUCAUUGGUAUACCAUCUUAUUGAGUUAGCUUUGGUUUUACCGGUUGCAACUGCUUCAGUAGAAAGAGUCUUCUCUACUAUGAAAAUUAUCAAGACUGAUUUGCGCAAUAGGAUGGGAGAUGAAUGGAUGAAUGAUAGCUUGGUUGUAUAUAUCGAGAAAGAGAUUUUUG